AUGAAGAUGCAAAUGAUGAAAUCGAUCACCAAACGAUUACGGAUCGAUGACGAAGAAGUAAUUGACAGUGAUGAAGAAGCGGAUCUGGAUCAACAAAUGGCGAUGAACCUAAAGGCAGAUUCUCUGAUAAGAUUCCAUGCUCUGGCAUAUACGGCUGGUGAUGCUCUCAUACAGUUAUAUCAUAAUUUCAUCACUGACUUUGAGACUAAGAUCAAUCUUCUCAAGCUUGCACAUUUUGCUGUCAUAGUCUCUAGGCAGUAUUCGGAGAAAGAAGCUGCCAUUAGUUAUCUUGAAGGGGUGAUUGAAAAGCUUCGUGCUACAAAGGAGACGCGCAUUGAGGAGCCAAUCCUCUAUACUAAGAUGCAGAUAGCUAUAUUAAAGCUUGAGCAAGGGGACCAAAAAGAGUGCAAGAAACUUUUAGAAGAUGGGAAGAGUGCACUUGACAGCAUGACUGACAUUGAUCCAUCUGUAUAUGCUAGUUAUUAUUGGGCUUCAUCGCAAUACCAAAAAUCUCAUCAGGAAUUUGCUGAAUUCUACAAAAGUGCUCUUCUUUAUCUUGCAUACACAUCUGUAGAAUCUUUAUCAGAUUCGUUUAAGCUGGAUCUGGCAUUUGAUUUAUCCCUGUCGGCGUUGCUGGGAGAAAAUAUCUACAACUUUGGAGAACUGCUCGCACAUCCAAUUAUUAAGAGUCUUCUUGGGACAAAGGUUGAGUGGCUUUACUAUAUUCUCGAAGCAUUCAACUCUGGUGACUUAGUUCGCUAUCAAGAAUUAUGCCACGUCCAUAGAGCUGCUCUGAGUGCUCAACCAGCGUUAAUGCAGAAUGAGAAAAAACUUCUGGAAAAGAUUAACAUUCUCUGCUUGAUGGAAAUCAUCUUUAGUCGACCAUCAGAGGAUAGAACUAUUCCAUUAGGCAUCAUUGCAGAGUGCACAAAACUUACUGUAGAAGAUGUGGAGUAUCUCCUCAUGAAGAGCCUCUCUGUACAUCUCAUCGAGGGUAAAAUUGAUCAAGUGGAGGGAACGGUUCAUGUUUCCUGGGUGCAACCAAGAGUUUUGGGGAUUCCCCAGAUCAAAUCAUUGUGUGAUCGCCUGGACAAUUGGACGGAGAAAGUACACACUGCUUUGUUAUCGGUCGAGGCAGAAACACCUGAUUUAGUUGCAUCAUAA